AAACAUACUGGCAUUCCUUCUGCAAUUUCUCUUCACUUUCUUGGAAAGACACUGAAUCUAAUCAGAACACUAUUUAUAAGCACAACUAAUCAUGAUGAAUCCAACUAGUGCCUCAACAUGGCUAAUAUUUGUAAAUUCUCCAAUCCGACUGCUCUCAGAAAUGUAAAUUUUGUUCAACGCGGCUUUGCUUAUGUUCUAAAGGGAGAUACUGAUAAGCUUCCUCAGACACCAGGCGCCAAGGAAAUCUUUACAAAAGGAGAAGAUGCCGAUAUGGGUGGGAAAACUACCAGUUUCUUUACCAGGAAAUCAAUUAAGCCUGCCUCUAGAGGGAUCAUUAAAAUGUUUUCAUCUGCUGCUACUGCGAGUUUGAAGGAUCCAAAAGAUCCAGGCAUAAAUAAAGGACCUCCUCCACAGCAUGAUAAUCAGCCAGUCAAGGCUCCAAAAAAACCAACCAAGGAUACACUGUCUGAUCCAAAGAACCAUAAUGAGAAACCAAGCAAAAAUUAACUAGAGGACUGUCACAGAUGUAUGCGUAGCUUAGUAAUAAUGUAGUCAAAGUAGUGUUAAUUUGCUCUAUGUAGUUUUGCACAGAUGUAUGCGCAGAUUAGUAAUAAUGUAGUCAAAGUAAUGUUAAUUUGGUCUAUGUAGUUUUGCUUAACCAUCGCACGCUUGUCAGACUGUUUGAAGUAUUGGAAUAUGAUAAUAUAAUAUUCUGCCAAGGUUCAGAAA